GAUAUAUACACAACCCUCCUCUUCCUCCCAUUUCAACAACUUUAAAGAAAAAAAACUUUUGUGAAACUAACCUUUUUUUUUGUCUAUAUGAAGAUGGGGAGAAAGUGUUCACAUUGUGGCUACAUUGGUCAUAAUUCAAGAACUUGUAGCACUUUGAAAUGUUCUAUUGGUGGCAAUAAUUUUAUUGGUGGAUUAAGGCUUUUUGGAGUGCAACUUGAUAUUUCUUCAUCUUCUUUUUCUAGUCAUAAUUUGAAGAAAAGUUUUAGUUUGGAUUGUUUGUCUUUAACAAAUAGCCACUUAUCAUCAUCUCCUUCUCCAUCUCUUAAUGAAAGUUGUGAAAAGAGUACUACUACUUCUACUAAUAAUAAUUGUUAUCUCUCUGAUGGUACUCUUGUAGGUUGUGUUGGUAAAAGGAAGAAAGGAGUUUCAUGGACAGAAGAGGAACACAGAAAAUUCUUAAUUGGACUUGAAAAGUUAGGUAAAGGAGAUUGGAGAGGAAUUUCAAGAAAUUUUGUGACAACAAGGACUCCAACUCAAGUUGCAAGUCAUGCUCAAAAAUAUUUUCUAAGACAAUCAAGUCUCAACAAAAAGAAAGGCGUUCAAGCCUCUUUGAUAUGGCAAGGAGCAACAACAAAUAUGCAGAUUUUGCUCAUAAUUGCCAAGAAGAUUGUCAAGAAAUUACCAUAUCACAAAAUUCUCAUCACUAUAAAGUUCCAAAUAAGUCCAUUUCUUCAAAUGGAACUCUUGACUUGGAGCUAAGUCUCACAUCUCCAAGAAAUAAUGUUGUGGAUAAAAAUAUCACCAUCCAAACUACUUUCAUGAAUAUUGGACCAAUUAGAGUUACCUAACUUGUACUAAUUAAUGUUUAAGUAUGACUAUUUUUGGAGGAUCUAACACAUAUCUCGUAAUAUUUUUGAAGAGUUUGAGCAAGCAAUAUAAAUUAGAACAAAGUACUUUAUGAAGAUCUAUUUCCUAAUA